AUGCUACCAGUGCUACCUUUAUUGUUAGCUCAACCAAUAUCUGACACAAAUGAUGAAAAAUUGCCUGAAUUUGACGGACAAAUAUUAAGUGAACCGUUAAAGCCAGGAGUAGGCACUGAUGUCACUUUGUCGUGUCCAAUCAAGAAUUUAGGCAAAUAUAAAAUUAGUUGGAAUUCUGUCGAUAAGCAAACCUUAUUAGUCGUACAAAACUAUGUAAUCUCUGAUAAUCCAAGAAUAGGCUUCAAAAAAGUAUCAAAAGGAGACAUAUCUUAUUGGUCAUUAAUUAUUAGAAAUGUAACUCUUAGUGAUUCUGGUUAUUAUAUUUGCCAAAUCGAUACAAAUCCACCAAUAAGAUUGCUUAAAUUUUUGAAUAUUUUUGUACCGGUACAAUUUGAUAACAAAUUUUCAGUGGAAAGUGAUUCAGUGAUCAGAGUCAGGGAACUCCAUAACGUGAGUCUAACCUGCAAAGCAACAGGAAAUCCUAAGCCGACAAUCACUUGGCGCCGACAAGAUGGACGGUUACUUCAAUUGGGCAAUGGAUCAGUUACUGAAUCGGUUGAAUCAGAAGUUCUUAAUUUACAAGAAAUAAAUCGUUCAGUAAUUGGUUACUAUGUGUGCAUCGCAUCCAACCAAUUGAGUCCAUCUCUCAGACGAAAGACUUUUUUAGAUAUAGAGUUUUCGCCAACAAUUAGAGUCCCCAAUAAAAUUGUUUCAUCGUUUGUUGGACAUAAUGUUACCAUUGAGUGUAUCACUGAAUCUAAUCCAAAAGCUGAACACUUUUGGAUUGACGUUUCCGGCAAUCAAAUCACUCCAAUGAAAUCAAACAAUUACAUCAUUACAAUAAUUAAUUCAAAUAAAUUUAAGGUUCACUUCAAACUGACAAUCAUUAAUGUAGAUUAUAUUAAUGCUGGAAGAUAUACAUGUCUUUCAACUAAUAGAUUGGGAUCUAUAAAGAGCUCAAUUGUUGUCGAUGGUAAUGUCAGUCUAUUAUAA